AUAUAAUAAAUAUGUAUUAACAUGGAUGAAUUUGAGUGAGAGUGGGAUAUAUAUCUAAUGUAGGGUUUGAAAUUAGACAAUGAAAUAUAUAUAAUUUGAGUGGGAACUAAUCCCAAGUGGAAGUGGGACCCAUAGGUAGGAGAAAAUGCGUGGUGAUGGAGGGAGCACUGCACGACCCCCUUUGUUGCCCCCAUAGUUGUCUCUUUACUCGACCAAUUCUAAUUUGGACCAAACCAAUUAACCAAUUAACCAAACACCCCCUAUUUCUCUCUCCUCUCUCCUCUCUCUUUCUAUAAGAACCCCCUCAAACACUUCAAUCUCACAAUCAAAACAAAUAUCAUUAACCAAUUCACUCCCUCCUCUCCCUUCACACUUUCAAGAGCAAAAAAAAAAAAAAGAAAAAAUCAUUUUUUCAUCCUCCUAGAAAAGAAAAUGAAGAUCAGUAUCAAUAUCAGCAGCAGCGGCAGCAGCAACAAGAGAUCGUCGAAGAUUUCGAGCAGAGGGCUCGCAGGAGUCCUUAGGGAACAAAGGGCUCGCCUUUACAUCAUUAGGCGAUGCGUAGUUAUGCUUCUUUGCUACCAUGAUUAAUUAAGAGAUCGAUCUACAUACAUACAUUUUAUUCGUAAUGCGCCGGGGACACGUACGUACGUACACAGGGGGGGGGACUUGGUGGAGAGAGAGUUUUGCAUAGUCAUGGAUGAACAAUAUAUAUGUUGCAAAUCUCCACUUUGAUCCGGCGACCGGAGAAUCGGAGCCCGGCAACGUGCUCGCCGGAGCUCUCGUUUGGACGAGCAUCGAUCAAUUCUCCGACGAGUCAUAAGAGGCGAUUUUCUUGAUCUUGAUUACUUAUUUUUUCUUCUCUUUUGGCUUCUUUGGUGGAGGUGCAAAAUUGGAGCUACGGAACAAGAAAUUAGCCCGAAAUUUGCACAAAUUUUUUCUUGUAUUACUUAAUUGGCUCCAUAUAUAUAUAUGGUGGAGUUUUCGAUAUUGUGUAGAUCAUAUUAUGAACAUAUGAUUAUUAUUAUUAUUAUUUUUGAAUCAAUUCAAGAUUUUAGCUUCUUGUUCAA